AUGAUCUCACAAACCGUUCGAUACCUAUAUGCAAUCAGACACGCUGAAAGAGAGGACAAUAUCAACAGAAAUUGGAGGCCAGCACCCGGUGAUAAGGCUGAUAAUCCACCACUUUCAGCUACUGGAAGACGACAGGCAGAGGAUUUAAGGGCGUAGUAAGUGGUUACCUGUAACACAUUUAUAAUUGUUUUAAAGCCUUGUAAAGCUCUCCUUAAACGUAAUCGCAAAGUUUUGGAAUUAUAUAACCCUUGAAUUAUAUACUUUCCAUUUUUACCUUGGACGAAAACCUUAAAUUCUUGUCCACGAAAAAAUCUCUCAUAAUUUUGUGAGAUCUCUAGUUUUUCUUUAAUGCUGACGGCAAUCAGACAAAAAAAGGGAUCACAUAAAACUAUGAGAUUUUUUUCGUGGACAAGAAUUUAAGGUUUCGUCUGAAGUAAAAACGAAAAGUAUAUAAUUCAAGGGUUAUAUUAUUAUUUGUAUCACAUUACUGUAAUAUACAUGUUACAGCUUCAAAGACAAGGAAGUCUCGGCCAUCUUCGUAUCUCCAUUUGACAGAGCUGUAGAAACAGCCGAAACACUGAUUGGAGACAAGAAUAUCAAGAUUUUCGUGGAACCAGGGCUUUGUGAAGUAAGUUCAUCAAAUUUUUUGAUAAUAAAUUAACACAAUCAUAUACUAUAUAGUUAGAUAUGCUUAUAAAUAUAAUACUUCUACGAGCAAUGUGGAAACCAAUUGUCGUAUUUUACAAAAACUGUUUCUCAUUAUUAAUCAUCUUUUUAGAGCCUCGUCCUAUGUGAGUCUCCGCCAGGCUUUCGAACAGUCGAAGAGUUGGCUAAACGCUUCCCGAAAAUCGACCAAGCUUAUCGACCAGUCCUAUCUCCACCUCUGCCACAAGAACCGAUGAGAUUCGACAGAUGUGAUGAGCGUGUAGAACAAACCAUAACACAACUACGGGAGAAAUACGGUGGUAACUUGGUUAUGGUAGGACACGAUUCUUCAGUAGCUUCGAUCAUCUGGAGUCUGGCGCACCAAGACGUGUAUCCAGGACAGGCAACGAUUACUGUAUUCAAAGAUAACGGUGGGGACGUUCAGAUAACGGACAAAUGUUCUGUAGGUCAUUUACGGGCAGAAAAUCGGACAAGAUUUACUGGGUAAAUUAAGUAAUAUGUUAUAUUGUUUAUAUUUUAGUUGAUUGUUUAUUAUAUUAACUGGAUACUUUUUGUUGUUGAGCUUAAUUUUUAUGGGUUUAGUAUUGCGGUAUCACAAUAUAUAUAUACUGGUCAUUAAAUUUUCAAUAAAUAAAAUUUCAGCUAUAAUAUUGUAUUUGAUAUGAACAUAUACAUCAUUAAAAUGUCAGAAAAAUAAUUUUAAAAAAAUUUUUAAAUUUAAUAAAUUUGUUAUCAAUACCUAAAACAAGAUCAUUUUUGAGGCUAUGGUGCUCCACCCAGCAAUCAAAAUAAAUUAAAAUAUCGAAUUUUGUUUAUCGCUUUAUUUGAAUUUAAAAUAAUAGACACUCUGGAAGUAGAAAUAUAACCGAAUUGUAAAAUAUUUGCCAUAAAAUCACAGUUAUUUUUUGAAGCGUGUGAAAAGUGGGGUAAAUUUGAAACAAGCCAAUGUUAAUUUAGGUACAUGCUAACAGGGAGAAGACAAAACAAAAUGGAGAAGCGGGGCGUUCGAAGAUAAGACAUCUAAUUCUGGGGAGGGGACACAAGACAGGGCCACACAAACAUGCCAAUCUCGAAGGUUAG